AUGAUGUGUAUAAAUAGUUAUAAAAUCCUAAUAAUAUUUCCAUUACCCGCUAAAAGUCAUUCCAUAUUGGGAGAUGGAAUUGUGAAUGCUUUGGCGAAAGCUGGACAUGAGAUAACGUAUCUAACAUCGAUCCCUCAUGGACAAAGGCCUUCUAAUGUCCGAGAAAUCGAUUUAAGCAUGGAUAUUAAACCUGCACCAGACAGUGUCGGUGACAUAAAACAUUACUUCAGCAAAGACAAAAAUUCAAAAAAUGUAUCAACAUUCAUCAAUUCAUUAUACGACUUGUAUGGCCAAGUCGUCAAAAACAAAGGCGUCCAGAAGCUAAUAGAUGAUCCCAGUGAACAAUUUGACGUCAUCAUAAUCGAGUGGUUCCUUUUUAAUUUUAUCGCCGGAUUUUCCGCAAUUUUCAAGAGUCCAUAUAUUUGGGUGUCGACUACGGAUCCUGGUUAUGAAGUGUUGCAGCUAGUUGGAGGCUCCAUUAACCCAGCGUACGCACCAGAUUCGUCAUCCUUCAAUGUACCACCUUUCAAUUUCUACCAGAGGUGCGAGGAAUUACUGUAUUUCCUUGGAGUACUAUACAGAGAACACUUUAUAUUCAACCCAUCACAAUAUAAGGAGUAUGAAAAAUUGUUCGUACCAGCUAUCAAAAAGCGUGGUCAUGCUGUUCCAUCGCUGGAUGAAGUGGUGUAUAACGCAUCUUUGAUACUGAGCAAUUCUCAUGCGUCUAUGGGCAAGGCGAUAUCAUUACCACAAAACUUUAUACCAAUCGGAGGGUAUCAUAUAAGCCAGGACUUGAAACCAUUACCGGAGAAUUUGCAGAAAAUACUAGAUAACGCUAAAAAUGGAGUAAUUUACUUCAGUCUGGGAAGUAAUUUGAAAAGCAAACACUUGCCUAGGGAGAUAAAAGAAGCUCUAUUGAAAAUAUUUGGUGGAUUAAAGUAUACGGUAUUGUGGAAAUUUGAAGAAGAACUGCCAGGCACUCCGAGCAAUGUCCACAUUGUUAAGUGGGCACCACAGCAGAGUAUACUAGCUCAUCGAAACUGUGUCCUAUUUAUAACUCAUGGUGGACAACUCUCAACAACUGAAGCUGUUUAUUUUGGUAAACCCAUAAUAGCGAUCCCAGUAUUUGCUGACCAAUUCAUAAACGCUGAGAGAGCAGUGCAAAAAGGCUUCGCUAAAAGAGUUGACUUAUCAUACACGAUGGCUGAUGAUAUUAAAGUUGCUAUUGGAGAAAUAUUAAACGAUCCUAAAUAUACAACAAAAGUCAAGGAACUAUCUCAAAUCUAUAAAGACAGACCCGUGACUCCUGACAAGGAGCUGGUCCAAUGGGUGGAACACGUGGUCAAGACUCGUGGCGCUCCCCAUUUAAGAUCACCAGCACUUGAUGUACCAUUGUAUCAGAAGCUGUACCUUGACCUCCUUGCUCUUGCUGUAACAGUUCUGAUUUCAAUUGUAGUUGCUUUGAGAAAACUAUUAACAUGUCUCAGAGGUGGAUACAGACAACCGGGGAACGUGAUAAAGCAAAAAAGGCAAUAA